AUGUGCUUUCCUCUGUCAGCAGAGCACAUAACUGCGAAACGAGAUCGAACACCACUGACGUCGACAAUGGCAGUCACCAAUCCAACCAUAUCCCUUCCUCAGAACUACAUCCUCAGGGUGGGCACGCCUCCCGUCCCCUCCUACCUGCACCUGCGCCUGACAUCCGGCUUGUCCCCCAAAACCCCUGCGCAAGCCGCCGCCGUUGCAGCAGGGACCUGGUACGGCUGCUACAUCACAUACACCGAUCCCUCCGGUGACUCUCCUGAACCAGUCCCAGUCGCAAUGGGCCGCAUCAUCAGCGACGGCAGCUGGUACUUUCACGUCGUCGACAUGGCCGUCCUACCUGAGCACCAGAGGAAAGGGCUGGGAGAUUCCAUUCUGAAGAAUCUGCUGGGGUAUAUCAUGGACAACAAGGCCGAGGGGGAGCCCUAUGUUAACCUCCUUGCGGACGAGCCGGGUCGGAAACUGUAUAGGCGGAAUGGGUUUGUAGACGCUAUGCCGCAUAGUCUGGGCAUGUUCUGGGAGGGGAACCGAUAG